UCAUUCAAUCAAAGAUCAAAGAAGCAGUUUAUUCAUAGAAGACUACACUGUACUAGCUGGCCUUCGAUUUCAGGCCAUGGCUUGCUCAAAUUCCCUGCUGAAGAGUUGUCAGAAGUUAUUCAAGAUGAUGAGUGAUAGUAAAACCUUUGAAAAUGUGAUGAAGAAUGUUCAGGUGACAGCAGCAUCUCAUGGCAAGGUGGUGUGUGAAGUGACUGUAGAAAAGGAUCACUUGAACAGGAAUGGAGGCAUGCAUGGUGGAUUCACAGCUACCUUGGUUGACCAAAUAACAGCAAUUGCUGUGAUGACAAAAGAAGGGCAGCUGCCUGGAGUCAGCGUUGAUCUCAAUGUCUCAUACUUGAAUGGAGCUAAGGCUGGUGAUUUGCUGGAGAUAAGAUCAGAAUGUUUGAAGUUUGGAAAGUCAUUAGCAUUUACAACUGUGGACAUUCUGAGGAAAAGUGAUGGAACAUUGAUAGCAACAGGCAGACUAACAAAUCAUAUUAGUGGCACCUAUUAAGUCAUCAAAUUUUGAUGCUCACUCAGGCUCAUUGAUUACAUACCGCGGCGUAUUAUCAAGCACCAUA